ACUGCAAGAACUUGAAGUCACACCUUGCAUCAGUGCACAAUCACCAUGAGUAUCAGUUCAUUCAGAAGAUGAUACGGACAAUCACUCAGAGUAAUGGUGAAACCUGGAUUGGAGGCUCUGACUGCCAGCAGAAAGACACUUGGCUCUGGAGCGAUGGCAGUAUUUUCUUCUGGACAUUCUGGUGUGCAGGGCAACGGAAUACUUCAGGCUGUCUUCAGAUGAAUCAUGGAGGUGAAGAUUGUUGGCAUGAAGAUCAGUGUUCCUCCACACUGCCAUCUGUCUGUGCCUACAGCCUGUAGUAGCUCCUGUGCUGACACACAGAGACAUGUUGGACCAACCACACACACAAACAUCUGCUGUAGGAGUAACAGUGUGUUUGUCUCUGUGCCAUCAGUCUCAUGCUUAAUCACAUCUUUGAUUCUCUGUUUGGCUGUAACGCUGCUGAAGGGACGAAGCGACAAGAGACAUAAACAGGAGCUGGACUUCCUCUUUGUUCUUCAAUAAGAGGAGACUGAAUGUGUUAUGAAACGAACGCUUUAGCACAAACCAAUUUAUGAUGCACAAUUAAAAAGCUGGAGCAUUUAAACAG